GGUCGCUCUCCCCUUCGGUAGAACGAGACGGAGACAGUAAAUCGCGUAAAACGCUGUCAGUAGCAAUCGGUAUGUGGUUUAAUCGCGAAAUUGAAGUGCCACAGGGACUCGAUUAUUCGUGAAACAGCAUCGAAAUUGGUUUUUUACAUUUUUGGGGGUCUCUGAGGGGCUCACGAUGGCACAGUCUCUGUUCGACGCACUGACAGGGGUGUCGUUGGACAGCUCCGCUGUGCAGUCUCUUCUCGAGUCGCAGACGCUCAUCACAGAAGUCGAACAUUCAGCAAUCGACCAAGACGACGACGACAUCUUCCAAUGUGGCAAAUGCAAGUGUCAAUUCACGUCCCUCCACCUGUUUCUCCUCCACAAACGCGAGCACCUGAAGCCCCCCGAGGAGACAGUGGACCUCUCUCAAUACCUGGUCCCCAACAGCGUCGAGGCGCCCCCACACCCAGAGGACCCCUGCCAACAGCCGCAGUACAACCCCGAGGGGACCUUCAUCCAGACAGAUCAGCUGACAGAGCCAAUAAUCCUCGAGGAAACGGACAUGCUCUUCAGCAUGGACCAGGAGGGUGCCUACCUCACCUCGGACACUGGCUUCGGCGUCCCCAUAAUCCUCUCAGCCGAAAACCUCGAGACCUUCCACCAGAGCACAUCCGACAAUCUCCUGAAGGACGAGCAGAUGCUGACCGAAGCAACAACGCUCAACAAUCUCAAUCAAAUGGAACCUGAGACUGUGCCAACAGAGGCCCCUGCGGAUCCUCAACUGGAUCAAAACGAAGCCCCGGAGGAUCCUGAGAAUCCCUCGACUUCACCCCAAAACUUCAAGUACAAAUGCAAUUAUUGUAAUAAGCAGUUUGCGAAGAAAUUUUACUGGCAGCAGCAUGAGCGCUCGCACACCGGGGAGAAACCGUAUCAGUGUGUUGUUUGUGGACGGGCAUUUGCUCAGAAAUCCAAUGUCAAGAAGCACAUGUCAUCGCACAAAGUGUGGCCAGGUACAGCAAUCCACUCACUUCCACCAGAAGCCCCCCCCGACGGUAACAUAGACCGCACCUACCACUGUCAAUUCUGCAAAGAGAUAUUCGACUCGUACAAGGCCCUGAAGGCCCACCUGAUCGUCUCCCACAUGACCCUGAAGGUCUACAAAUGCGUCCAGAGCUCCUGCAGCAUGAUGUUCGCGGAGCUCGACGACUUUCUCGAGCACACACGCAGCCACAAGAGAUCCGAGUACAGGUGUCACGUGUGCGGCCAAGUAUUCAAUACCCUGAGCGACCUCGGGCUCCACCAGUACGUCCACUCCGUCCAGAAGCAGAAGACAACGGAGAAGUAUUACUGCUGCACUGUCUGCAAGAGCUCCUUCUCGAAUUUGGAGGCCCUCCAGCAUCACACCGAGACAACAACUCACGACUACGCCUGUCCCCACUGUGGAAAGAGCUUUCUCAUCGAGAGAUUCCUGCGGAGACAUCUGAAGACUCACGUGUCCUCGGCCAGAUUCGCCUGCGAGGACUGCGGCAAGGCUUUCAAGACAGAGCAGUACCUGGCGAAUCACAAAUUAAUUCACAGCGAGGAGACCCCCUACAGCUGCAGCCAGUGUCCUGCCAGGUUCAAGAGGAAGGAUCGCCUUGGCAGGCACAUGCUCAUUCACGACCUCACGAAGAGGCUCAAGUGCCCCUUCAGGGGCUACCUAGGCUGCAUGAGCGAGUUCUCCAGGCCUGACAAACUCAAGAGGCAUCUUCUGACCCACAGCAACAUCAAGAGGUUCAGCUGUGGCCACUGCAACAGGAAUUUUCCCAGGGCGCAGGCCCUCAAACAUCAUGAGAUUAGUAAACACAGUCUGAAGUGUGACAGCUGCUCUCAUACGUUCAAGUGUAAGGAUCAACUGGUGACUCACAAUUGCGAUCAGAGCGGGGAGACGAAAAAGCACUCGACCUCGCAAUUACCAAAAAAAGCUUCGGGGACGUUCAAGCCUCGCAAGCCAACGCCAAAGAGACAAUUGCCCCAGAAGAGCAGCGCUGGAGUUGGGGAUAAGGAGAAGGUGAGGGCUGACGAGGUGGAUAAGAGAAUUCCAUCACCAGAACCAUUGAGAUUGAGUUACACUGAAGAAGAAUCCAGCAGUGAAAGAGUCCCAGCAGAUAAUUUCUCCAUAACUAGGGAAAUUGGUUCAACAAUCGAAGCAUUAAUGCAAUCAGACUGUCCUGAGGAGCAUAUCAGAUCGGACAUUGAUUUCCAGGCGAUACAGCAGCACUCGAGUGCCGAGUGAAGGGAGAUUUUUAUGAGCUCAUUCCCAACGCAAAUUCAAUCAAAACAAAGAGGAUAAUGAGACGCAUGUGCAAAUUUUUGAAAAUCACGAGUGAAUAUUUAUCCUCCGUGGAAACUUUUGGAUAUAUUUUUUAAAUAGUAUUUGACCACUCGUUUUUAAUUAGUCGUUAGUCCACAGUUGCCAUAGCACGUGCAAUGAGAGAUGAAUAAUUGUAUCGGUGUUUUAAGUAUCAUUGAUGACGCAUUUUUUGUGCCCAAUGCAUUUUACCAAUUUUUUUAGGUGAACAUAGGUAUUAAUGAUUUUUGUAGCUUACAUAUCUGUGAUAUUUGUAUUAUAAAU